AUGGCUGUGAAAGGUUUGGGUAAAGUUGACCAAAAAUACGACGGAUCAUCGUUGAGAAUCGGUAUUCUCCAUGCUAGAUGGAAUGACUCCAUCAUUUCUGCCUUAGUGGACGGAUGCGUUGCGAGAUUGAAGGAGUUUGGAGUCAAGGAAGAAAACAUCAUUGUCGAGUCCGUUCCUGGCCUGUUUGAGUUGCCAUACGGAUCCAAGCUUUUCCUCGAUAAACAGAAGGCUCUUGGUGAGCCCCUUGAUGCCGUGGUGCCUAUUGGUGUCCUUAUCAAGGGUUCCACCAUGCACUUUGAGUACAUCUGUGACUCCGUAACCCACCAGUUGAUGAAACUCAACUUCGAGGCCGGAAUUCCUAUCAUUUUCGGAGUUUUGACCUGCCUUACGGACGAACAGGCUGAAGCCAGAGCCGGACUCAUUCCUGGCAAGAUGCACAACCAUGGUGAAGAUUGGGGUGCUGCUGCCGUCGAGAUGGCCCUUAAAUUUAGAGUGUAA